ACCAUUUUUUAAAUAACAAACAAACGUCAAAACUUCACAAAAAACUCAUAUUUUCAAUAAAUUUUUAUUUAACUAUGUCCUCGCUAGCUGCUAUAAAUCUAAACAAAUAUUUAUUCCUAAGUAGAAGAUUAUUGGCACAAAACAUUUUAAACAAAAACAAAUGUUUUAAUUCAAAUAUUAUACCCAAGGAAUCAAGUGCAUUAUGUUCAAUGAACCAACAUGCCUACUUUUCAUCACAUCCAAAUCCAAGCAAUGAAAGCAAAAGGCAAAGGAGUCUUCCCUCGUUAAUGCAAUUCCCAGAAAUCUUAUGGCCUUCAUUCAUAAAUACUAUCAGAAACUGGGUUUUAAUUAAUUUUAUUAUCCGUCCGUACUUCGACAAUGAAUUCAAUUUAAAAGAUUUUAUUUAUGGAACGAAGCAUGCGGUUCACACCAUAUCGACAAAAUUGGUGAAUUCUAAUUUAACAGAACUUAAAAACCUUGUAUCUCAAGAAGCAAUUGAUGAAAUAAAACCAGUUAUAGAAACCUUGUCCGUAUCUCAGAGGAAACAACUUGAAAUUAAUAAAGAUGAUAUUUACUUAUCCUUUCCAUAUCAGGUUGGUAUAAUGUUCGAUGAGUCAAAUGAAAAAAUACAAAAGCGGUUUGUUGAAAUCACAAUGGUAUUUCAUGUCUUGAAAGGCUUCAGAGAAAUGCAAAAUCAAGGCGAAGUACUUCCUUGGAAUAUGGGAUCACUUCCUGAAUAUGAAGACAAAGUUUUCAUAUGCAAUUAUCGUUUUAUAAAAGAAUUUACCGCUGGAAAUCAAACAGACUGGACUGUAAAUGUAAUUAACCAUUUCAAACCUUUAGAUUUGAUGAUUAAUGAGUAAAAAUAUGUCUUUUAUUUUUAUUUGAAGAAAAAAAUAUUAAUUUGUUAAUUGUAUCUGCAUAAUGUAAAAAUAUUAAUAUAAAAUACUCUGUUAGAA